UGCAUAGCAGUGCUGCCACUGGCUGGGAUUUGGGGUAGGCUGGACCUGGGGGCUGGAGGUCUGAGUGAGGCAGGGACUCAAUCUGUGCUGCAAUCACUGGCAGCCAGGCACACAUUAGGGACACACACCGGCUGCUCAACCUGACUGGGAGCCCUGACUUGAGGGGACAUACCCUGGGCAGAGCUCAGGCAUUAAACUGGAAAUAGGGAUUGCAUAAACUCUUCUGCUGGAGACAGGGGUCCAAAGAUCUUCACUGCUGGAGAGAGGGGUCCAGAGAUCUGCAGCUGGAAAGUGGGGUCCAGAGAUCUUCACUGUUGUUGAGCGGUGUCCACAGAUCUUCACUGCUGGAGAGAGGGGUCCAGAGAUCUGCAGCUGGAAAGUGGGGUCCAGAGAUCUUCACUGUUGUUGAGAGGUGUCCACAGAUCUUCACUGCUGGAGAAAAGGGUCUAGAGAUCUUCACUGCUGGAAAGAGGGGUCCACAGAUCACUGGUGAAAAGAGGAGCACAGAGCACUGCUGGAACAAGGGGUCCACAUAUCACUGCUGGAAGAGGGGUCCACAGAUCUCCAUUGCUGGAAAGAGGGGUCAAGCUCUCACUUCUGGAAGCAGGGUUCCCCCAGACCCUCAGUACCCGCGCUGUGCAGUUUUUGGGGUGCCUUUGGAUUAUAUUGAGGCUCCCUGCUCUCAGUGGGAUGUCCCACGCGUGUCCAGGGAGCUGCAGGAUUCGCAGUUGGGAAGAUGCUUGUCUACCUUAGUGGAUCUCGCACCGCUCUGGGGACCCCCCGGGAGCAGUCACUGGAGCCUGCGGGGGACAAGGCUCUGACUCCCGGCUGCGGGGGAUCGGGACAGCACGGCUCUGACCCCCAUAUUUUGGGAUUGUGUCUAUGAGAAGCAGGACCCCCCAGAAAGUUGAUUUGGAUUUUCUGCUGGUGCUGGGUAUAAUUGGAAGUGCUUGGAGAUUGGAGCCUUUAACUGGGAUUAUGGUCAGAGGUGGAAGAGGACAGCGAGCCUUAGCCAGGCCGCUUACUGGAAAAAAUGGAACGGAUGAGGUGAAGAUCAUAUGAAUUUAGAGAAGAAGUGAAGACUCUUAAGUGAGGGAAGACACAAUUAACAAGGAGCUUCUCCCCUGGCUACGCAAGACCUACAUAGCACGCUGAGAAUAUCUGGAUUUUAAUUUUACCUCUCCCACAAACUUUCACAUUUUCAGUUUUUGUUUCAGAGAAAAAUACGAUAUCUAUUGUUUUUUUGACAAAUUAUAUGGAUUGUACCCAAAACAAAAAAAGAGUGUGCAAUACUAUCCUAUAAGACUAUCACAUCUCCAUUUAAUUUCAGAGGCCUAAUUUACCUUUAUUUGUGAAAAGCUUGCUAUAUGCUAGAUGGCUGGACAAAAGCACAUUAAAUGCUGAGGUUUGCAUUCCCAGAUUCCUUUCGCUCCUCUCAUUUUAACAAGGGCCUUUCAUUUUUUAUAAACCAGAAAUGGGCCUUUGGACACUAUUGUGGCCCAAGGACUGGGUGUCAUUUUUAAAAACUUGGUUGAUCUUUUUGAUUGGAUUUUCCAUGCAAAUAUCCCAGUCACUUUCAUGUCCCAGCGUGUGUCGCUGUGAUCGGAACUUUGUCUACUGCAAUGAACGGAGUUUGACCUCAGUGCCUCUUGGAAUACCGGAGGGUGUUACUGUACUUUACCUCCACAAUAACCAAAUUAAUAAUGCUGGGUUCCCUGCAGAACUGCACAAUGUCCAGUCAGUGCACACAGUUUACCUGUAUGGCAACCAAUUGGAUGAGUUUCCCAUGAACCUUCCAAAAAAUAUCAAAGUUCUUCACCUCCAAGAAAACAAUAUUCAGACUAUAUCAAGGGUAGCGUUAGCACAGCUAUUGAAGUUGGAGGAACUUCACUUAGAUGACAACUCUAUUUCAACAGUUGGGGUGGAGGACGGUGCAUUUCGGGAAGCCAUUAGCCUGAAAUUACUGUUCCUGUCCAAAAACCACUUGAGCAGCGUACCAGUAGGGCUUCCUUUAUGUCUGCAAGAAUUGAGGUUGGAUGAAAACCGCAUCGCCACCAUUUCAGACCAAGCCUUCCAAAAUCUUACUAAUUUAGAACGCUUAAUUUUAGAUGGCAAUCUUCUCACCAACAAAGGGAUUGCUGAUGGUACAUUUAGCCAUCUACCUAAACUCAAGGAGUUCUCAAUGGUACGGAAUUCUCUCACCAGUCCUCCUACUGAUCUCCAGGGCACAUUUUUGGUAAAGCUAAAUCUUCAGGACAACCAAAUCAACCACAUACCAGUGUCAGCCUUUGCCAAUCUGCACAAGCUCGAGAGAUUGGAUAUUUCAAACAACCGUCUUCAAAUGUUGACAAAAGGAGUUUUUGAUAAUCUAUCCAACCUAAAGCAAUUAACUGCACGAAAUAAUCCUUGGUUUUGUGAUUGCAGCAUCAGAUGGGUUACAGAGUGGCUCAAAUCGUUACCUGCAGCAAUCAAUGUACGGGCUUUUAUGUGCCUGGCACCAGAGCACUUCCGAGGAAUGGCCGUGAGGGAACUCAAUGUGAAUCUCUUAUCUUGUCCAACAACUACGUCAAUCUUGCCUCCCAUUACCCAGGCUCCUACUACGGAAGCCCCUACCACAUUUCUCCCUACUCUGUUUGUCCCAACACCAACAGAAGUAACAACAAUUCCAACACCCACUCCAUCCCUACCUGUUACUGUGCCUGACAUAGUGGUCAUCAUAGAUAAAGUCACCCCACCAAUGAGAGAGAAAUUUCAACUUUUCGUUCAUUUUGUAAAUGACACCUGUAUUCAAGUGAGCUGGUUAUCUGUUAUUUCAGUGAUGUCCUACAAGCUUACGUGGGUUAAAAUGGGACACAGCUUGGUUGAGGGUAUUGUCCAUGAACGGAUAGUUAGUGGGGAGAAACAGCAUUUGACUCUUUUAAAUUUAGAGCCCAAGUCUACAUAUAGGAUAUGCUUGGUUCAACUGGACGAUUUUAAUAACUAUCGAGCAGGUGAAGAGACUGUGUGUUCAGAGGCUACCACAAAGGCCUCUUCCUUAAAUAAUGGUAGUAACAGUCCCUCCAGUCAUGAGCAACCAACAACACAGGGCAUGGGCUCCCCAUUUCUGCUGGCAGGGUUAAUUGGGGGUGCUGUCAUUAUUGUACUUGUUGUCCUCCUCAGCAUCUUCUGCUGGCACAUGCACAAGAAGGGUCGCUACUCAUCUCAGAAAUGGAAAUAUAACAGAGGGCGUAGGAAAGAUGACUACUGUGAAGCAGGUACCAAGAAGGACAACUCCAUUCUGGAGAUGACGGAAACUAGCUUCCAGAUAGUCUCCUUAAACAAUGACCAGCUCCUUAAAGGAGGUUUCAGACUGCAGCCGAUUUAUGCCCCAAAUGGGGGCAUCGGCUAUACAGAUUGUCACAUCCCCAACAACCUGAGGUACUGCAACAAUAGCAGCGUUCCAGACUUGGAACACUGCCACACGUGAUAAUGUCCAACCUUCGGGGAGAUGUGCCAUUCGGCCGAAUAAGGACAGACUUUGCAAAAACGAAACAAAGACACAAAAAUACAUUUGAUAAAUGUUAGGCAGAUGCAUUUGUGCAUCAUAAUUCUCUGUAAUUUAUACUGUGUACUAUAUAAUGGAAUUUAAGAAAAAAAGAAAACUAGCAAAAAAAAAAAUGCGCUAUCUUUUCUAUUUCCAGUUCAUUGCAAACAGUUUUGUAACUCUUUGCUUUUUAAAUCUUUAAAAAAAAAUGCUAAAGUACUGUACAGGGUUGAUCAAUAAUAACCCUUUUUUGCCAUGAUAAGAAGGAAUCCCUUGUGUUUUCUUUUUUGUUGCCUGCAUAUGAUAAUGUGCUAAUUACCCUCACCAAUAGAUACUGAUGUUCACACAUAAUUCUAUUGUGUAAAUAACAAUUUGGUAUAAAAACAAUAGGAUGUUAACAAAUAGAUUUAUUGUAAGCUUCUCCAAAUUUUCUGGUUUUCCCUUUGACCUGGGCAGGUUAAAUCUGUAGAGCCAUUAAAGGAGCACAAAUGAUAGUCAAGAACACAGCAAGUGGCUAGCAGAUGAUCAUGAUAGUCAGAGUCCAUUAACAGGAGGAACAAGUAUCGACUGUGCCACCUUUAAUUACACUAUCAUAAAAAGUUUUGUGAUCAAAACAGACGCCGAUGGUCAUUAACGGAUGCCUGUUUGAAACAGAAUUUUCAGACAGAGUUACAACAAUUACUAUCAUCUAAAUAUAAUAGACCGACUGCGUACCGUUGCUGGCCGAUAUUUAGUCAUACGGUUUAUGUAUUAUUAUUUUUUUUAGAUUGCUUGUUGACUUAAAAAGGUAGAUUAUCCAAAAAAAUAUAGAUUAUUUUCUUUUAGGCAGCUGUCCACCAAAAGGACGAUAAUGCAUCUACUGUACAUGCUAUGUCUCCUGUGGAAAUGUGCCAAAUUGGUGUACGUGUCAUAUCGGGCCACCAGUCUGUAAAAAUAUAAUUUUUUUUACUGUACUUAUCUAGCCAAUUUGGUAAAUGCUUGACUGAAUCUGGUACCAUUAUCUAUUGUGAAGACUGAAGAAUUUGGAAGUACAGCUGGAAUUUUACUGAAUGCCCCUACAGCCCCAUUCCACUGUUUUCACGUUGCAGUUUGGGCAAAAUCUAUAUCGGUGAACAUUAACGAAUAGUCAUACAGUAUUAGAAUUCAGUUUGCACUUAUUUACACAACUUCCCAUUCUAUUGUAUACAAACCAAGGUGACUCCAUAUAUUUUUGCUAAACGUUAUUUUUGACUUUAUGUAAAUUAAAUAAAAGUAUGUUUUUCCACAUAA